AUGACCUCGUUCAUAAUCAAAGCCCAUGAAGACCGACCUCCUCAUUCAACAUGGAAAGAAGAUCCCGAGUGUGCUUUCUGUCGCAUAAUUAGGGGCGAAUUGCCUGCAUCCAAAGUCUACGAGAAUGAUAAGGUUAUAGCAAUCCUUGAUAUCAUGCCUUUGAGAAAAGGCCAUACCCUUGUUAUUCCUAAGGCUCAUAUUUCACGUCUGUCAGAACUACCUUCAGAACUGGCCUCGUCUGUCGGUGAGGCUGUCUCGAAAGUUGCAUACGCACUUACACAAGCACUGGAUAACACUGCGUUGAACGUCGUAUGCAACCAGGAAUACGCACAAGCGGUUCCUCAUGUACACUACCAUAUUAUUCCAGCACCGAGACUUAAUUCGUCUGGACGUGGAGUGGAGGCAACCGAUGAAGCAGUUGGCGGCAAAGCACCCCUAACUCAUCGAGAAAUGCACCAAAAGGAAUUUGAGGCCCGUGAAGAACUCGAUGAAGAUGACGCAAAAGAUCUUUUGAAGGGUAUUCGUGCGCGUCUGUGA